CGCUAUCCACCACUACCAGGAGGGGUUUCCGGGGCAGGAGAAGAAUCAGCGGAAGGUUCUAGCAGGUUCCACUCGAAGUGGUGGGCGUUCCCUCUCGCCGUCCACGGUGAUGGCGAUCCUCGAGAGGUCGUCGUCCCCCGCCGCGGCCUCCGUCGCCGUCGCGGCCCUGAUCGCGCUCGCGUCCGUCGCCGGCGUCGCCGGCGAGGUCUUCUUCCAGGAGAAGUUUGACGAUGGAUGGGAGGAUCGAUGGGUCAAGUCCGACUGGAAGAAGGACGACAACACGGCAGGCGAGUGGAACCACACAUCUGGCAAAUGGAACGGAGAUGCCGACGACAAAGGAAUCCAGACCUCUGAAGACUACAGGUUCUACGCCAUUUCAGCGCAGUACCCUGAGUUCAGCAACAAGGAUAAGACCCUGGUGCUGCAGUUCUCGGUGAAGCAUGAGCAGAAGCUCGACUGUGGCGGUGGCUAUUUGAAAUUGCUUGGGUCUGAUGUUGAUCAGAAGAAGUUUGGUGGCGACACCCCAUACAGCAUCAUGUUUGGGCCGGAUAUCUGCGGGUAUGCCACCAAGAAGGUCCACGCUAUCCUUACUAAGAACGGCAAGAACCAUUUGAUCAAGAAGGAGGUGCCAUGCGAGACAGACCAGCUGACACAUGUUUACACCCUGAUCAUCCGGCCUGAUGCCACAUACAGCAUUCUCAUUGAUAACGAUGAGAAGCAAUCUGGUAGCAUCUAUGAUGAUUGGGAUAUUCUUCCUCCAAAGAAGAUCAAAGACCCUGAAGCCAAGAAGCCAGAAGACUGGGAUGAUAAGGAAUACAUUCCUGAUCCUGAGGACAAGAAGCCAGAGGGUUAUGAUGAUAUUCCCAAGGAAAUUCCUGACCCUGAUGCAAAGAAGCCAGAGGAUUGGGAUGAUGAGGAAGAUGGUGAAUGGACUGCCCCAACCAUUCCUAACCCAGAGUACAAAGGACCAUGGAAGCAAAAGAAAAUCAAGAAUCCAGACUACAAGGGCAAGUGGAAGGCCCCUUUGAUUGACAACCCAGAUUUCAAGGACGAUCCUUACAUCUACGCUUUUGACAGUUUGAAGCACAUUGGCAUUGAGCUGUGGCAGGUUAAAUCAGGAACUUUGUUCGACAACAUUUUGAUAACUGAUGACCCUGAGUACGCCAAGAAGUUAGCAGUGGAUACCUGGGGCAAGCAGAAAGAUGCUGAGAAGGCUGCCUUCGACGAGGCUGAGAAAAAGAGGCUUGAGGAGGAAUCUGCAAGCAGUAAGGACGACGAUGACGACUUAGAUGUAGAUGAGGAUGAGGAUGAUGCGGACGAUGACAAGGCUGAUCAUAGUGAUACUGAUGAGGCCGAGGACAGCGAAGAGGCUAAACAUGAUGAGCUCUAGAGCACGCCGAGGUAGAGGAAUACCAUCUUUUUCUUUUCAGUUUCAGUUUCAAUCGGAGCUGUUGAUGACAGAGUUAUCAUCCCAUCCCAACAGAAGAAGGCCGCAGGGCGUGCGCCGGUCUCGACAUAUAGCGAGUAGUUGUCCAUCCCUCUGUAACACUACUGAGGGCAAUUUUCAUUUUCCCACUGUAGUGUCAAUUCCCCAAAUGCGGGCCGUAGUCAGACAUCGUGAAACCAAGUUUUCGUCAGUGUUGCGUAGACAUAUUCUUUGGUCGUUGCCCAAGUUAUAUUAAUUUGCAUUCCAUGGGCGGAAAAAUUGCCACCGCUUUCUUGUUGGGACCGUUCCGGCGAUUUGUUUGGCUGGUCGUGUUGGUUUAAUUCUUGCUGGCCAGCGACAAAAACAUGCCUGGCCUAAUGGAGUCGAUAUGCUUGUUU